AGUCAUUUUCUGUUCGUAUUCUCGAGGAGCAGCAUCAUGCCCGAUCCAGCCAAGACCGCGCCCAAGAAGGGAUCAAAGAAAGCCGUGACCAAGACGGCCGGCAAAGGAGGCAAGAAGCGCAGAAAGUCGAGGAAGGAGAGCUACGCCAUCUACGUGUACAAGGUCUUGAAGCAGGUGCACCCUGACACCGGCAUCUCAUCCAAGGCCAUGGGCAUCAUGAACUCCUUCGUGAAUGAUAUUUUUGAGCGCAUCGCCGGUGAGUCUUCUCGGCUGGCUCACUACAACAAGCGCUCCACCAUCACCUCCAGGGAGAUCCAGACCGCCGUGCGCCUGUUGCUUCCCGGCGAGUUGGCCAAGCACGCCGUGUCCGAGGGCACAAAGGCCGUCACCAAGUACACCAGCUCCAAAUAAAGCGCGUUACCGCCAUCUUCAUCAACCCAACGGCUCUUUUAAGAGCCACCCACUUUUCAUACAAAGAGUAAUUUCCUCUCUUUCGCUUUCUCUCUCGCUGUGUGUGUGUGUGUGAGGGGAAGAGAGAGGGGGACUUCCUCCAGAGACAUUUCCCUUGACCCGAGCUCCACCAGGGGACUUCUGAAGCGCUGCACUCCCGCGGAGGUUGAGGCUUUGGGGUAAUUCUAGCAGUCUGCUAAAUGCAGAGAUGAGUAAAUCUAAACAGGGUUGUAGCACGGUUUCGGGGGUCGUAUAAUCUGAGCAAUGCAAAA